GAUAGACCAAAAUGUCAAACGGUUUUUCUAUUUACCAAUAUUGUAAAUUAUGGAAGAGUCAAAGGAUCAUUUUUGUAAUUAAAUUCUUCAAUGUUUUCCUUAUAAAUAGCUUACUUGUAGGCGUGUGUUACCCACACUCAAAUCCCCUUUGCUUCACUCAUCUAUAAUGACUACAAUCCCUGUAAAUAGCAUGGUGCACCACCAAACCACCCUUGAGCUCGAACCCAAGGACCUAUUCGACUACUCAAAACGGUCUCAAUGGCUACGAGCGGCGGUCCUGGGAGCCAACGAUGGCUUAGUCUCCACCGCAUCCCUAAUGAUGGGUGUUGGAGCCGUUAAACAAGAUAUCAGAGCCAUGAUCUUGACCGGCUUUGCUGGCUUAGUAGCCGGAGCUUGCAGUAUGGCAAUUGGAGAAUUUGUAUCUGUUUAUUCACAACUUGAUAUAGAAGUCGCUCAGUUGAAAAGAGAUUUCAAUAGAAGAGAUAUUGAGGUAGCUGAAACCGAUGGCUUGCCAAACCCUUGGCAAGCCGCCGCUGCAUCAGCUCUAGCUUUUUCUUUGGGUGCUAUGGUGCCUUUAUUAGCUGCUUCAUUUAUCAAGCCUUAUAAGGUGAGGAUUUUGGUCAUGGCGGGGGCAGUGACAGCGGCAUUGGCUGUUUUUGGGUGGUUAGGGGCGGCGUUGGGGCGGGCACCGGCGGUCAAGUCUACGAUUAGGGUGGUAGUUGGAGGGUGGAUGGCUAUGGCUAUUACAUAUGGCUUAACAAGGUUAAUCGGUGCAAAGGGACUCCAUUGAAGUCUAUGGAGCAUUACUUGCAUCUUAUAUCAUGGUUUUUAUCCUUUAUUUAUGAAUACUUACAAAAUAUAUUAUUUGCACCUUUUAUUUUAAAUCAAGCUAUAUUUCUUUAAAAGAUAGGGGACCCUUAUGUAUGUAUAUAGAUACACAAAUGAAUGCGAUUAUUAACCAUGUGUUUUUAUUUAUAAACAACGUUUUCAUACUUGUCCA